AUGAUUAUAUAAUAAUUUGAUAAAAUCUCAUUGAUAGAGGAAUUCUAAACCUUAAAAGAAUAAAUAAUUACAAAAUUAAAUGAAUAUUUUACAAAACUUGAAAAAAUAAUAGAAGAAUUCAGUUAACCUAUUAAUGAAUCAAUUAAGGAACAAAUUAAAUUAAUUUCUAAUUAUGAAAGUUCUAUAGAAAGAAUAUUUUAAUAAAAACUUUUAGAUAGAGAAUAAUUGAAAGUCUAUUUAAAUUAUGUUCAGAAAUGUAGUGUCAAUAAUAUAGAUUAAUUAGAGUCAAGCUUGAAUUUUAUAAAGAUUGAUGAUGGAAUUAUCAAAAUAUAAAAAGAGAUCGAUAUAUUAUAUAUAGAAUAAAUGUAGGAACCUUAGAAAUAGUAAUCAGGUACUUUAGAAGAAAUUGAAUUGAAUUUUAAAUUACCACAUGAACUAAUUGAAUAUGAGGAACAUUUUAAUCCUUAAUAUAUUUGUAUAACAAGUUGCAUAAUUAGUUUUAAUAAUGAAUUCAUAACAGGAGGGUGGGAUGGCAAAAUUGUAAGAUUUGACAUGAAUCAAAUCAAACAGGAAUUAAAAUUAUUUAAUAAUCCUGUAAGAAUAAUUAAAUAAUUAAGAAACAAUUGUUUAUUAAUAGUGAAUGAUUAAAAUGACUAUAAGUUAUUAGAUAAAGGUUGGAAUAUUUUAAGAGACGAAAAAUUGGGAGAGAUGAAUAUUAUAAAUAUUGAUGAAUAUGUUUAAGAGACUCAUCAUGUUAUAAAGAUAAGAGUUGAUAAUGGGGAUUAAUAUAUAGGAAAUGUAAAAAAUGCUUUUUUGAAUGGAUUUAGACAUUUAAAAAUGGAAGAUAAAAUAUAAGGGAAUGUUAUUACAACAUAUUUUGAUGAUAUAAUUGUAAUUGAUUAAUUUGAUAAUUUUGGAAUAGUUUUAAUAUAUAGUGUUGAUAGUAAUAAUCAUAUUAUUAGUACUAAUUAAUUCAAAAUAUCUGACACUUUGAUAACAAAAGCUUUAAUAUUGAAUGAUGAUUAAUUUUAUUUUAAAGACACUUAAAAUAGAUUAUAUUUAUAUGAUGCUUAAUUAGAGUCAGAAUAUGAUGAUAUGAUUAAUCACAACAAUAAUAUAGUUAUGAUUAAAGAUGAUAAAUUGAAGAUUAAUGAAAUAGAAUAUCCUAAUAAAUUAACAAAAAUAUUAGAUGCAUAUUCUAAUGAAAAAUACUUUAUUUUAGUUGGUUAUGGGGAAUAAAUGAAUAUUUAAAUAUUUAAAUAUAUUUGA